AUGUUUCAAUUGGAGCAGGAACAAUUUAUCGAUGCUUUCAGUAAUAUUAACUUCACACAAAACGAUGCGGGCGUUCAUGAACUUCAAAUCCAUCCUGGAAUAAAGGUUCUUCAUAAUUUUUCUGCAAUAAGAACAGAAGAAACAUUCUUUAGUGCUGGCCACAAAAUCUUUGUUACAGUAUUCGAUAGUGGAUUCAUGAAGGAGUAUUUCCUUUAUCUCCCACCAUUUGACAGUUACAUUCCGAAAGGUCUAACUCCGAAACAGACAGACCUUUUCUGGAAACAAGAGGAAAAUCAUAUACAUUACUCAGAUUUCCAUAUUCCGCAUAUUGAUGUUGUAUGGACUGUUAAAAAUGGAAUUUCAUCACUUUCUAAUGCUCAUUCUUGUCGCAAAAGCAACUCUUCUCAUCAUCUAAACUUCUGCAAAUGGCCUACGACCGUUAAUAAUCCAGAAAUCAAAGGAACGGCCUUAGUUGUCGGCAGCCAUCAGAUAAACUACUUCCAACACUUUUUUGAUAACGGGUUACCGCAUUACGCCGCUGGCUCUCUCGCCACAGGUAUUUCUCCCCAAAUGAUAACUGUUGUUUCUACAGCCUGCAAUCCAGUAACGAUAGAAACUCUAGAAAAACUCGGCUACAAGUCGCGCCAGAACUGUCAAAGCGAUGGAAAGCAAGUUAGUGCCGAGUUACUUAUCAUGUGCACUGCAACUCGAGUUGUCCAUCAUUAUUUCUUCGACUGGUACCAGGAGCUAAUGAGGAUACCGAUAGCUGAACGUUCUAAAGUCAUUUUACUGCCAAGAGGCAAAGGGAGUGGCGGAAGAGGUAGUAGAAUCAUUCAAAAUCUCCAUGACAUUGUCCCUCAUCUCAGUAAAAUCUUCGGAUCCGAAAACGUCAUCAUUCACGAUCAAAAUUCUCCAGAAAAGACACUUUCAGCACUAAUCAAUAAAUUCAGUACCGCGAGAUACAUAAUUGGGCCUCAUGGAGGAGCUUUUUAUAACCAAUUCUUUUCUGGAACAAAUACAACAAUUGUGGAAAUGCUUCCUGUCAAAGAGAACGGAUAUUACCCAGAACAAACUGGUCCAAGAUCGAUGUCAUUUGCACACUUGGCUAUGUACACGAACACAGAAUGCUUACACCAAGAUUUUUACAGAUACUAUACAAUAAGUGAUCAGAUCAACUAUAAUAUUAAUAUAACCGAUUUCAUGAAUUGGUUUAAAUUUAAUUUUAGAAAUGAUACUUUUGUUGUUAAUGCUUCUUCAUAA